UGAACAACAGAAGGCGCGGGAGGCCGCGGCCCCACCAAGCGAGGCGGGGCGUACUGCGCUCCCCACCUGAGACCCAGGCUUUCCUGAGCCGGUGUCCAGCUCUUAUGUAAAGUGGAUGUUUCUCACACUUGAUACCGAAUAUCAAGUAGAUAAUCUAUUUAAUAAAAAUCUAAGCUGCCAUGGAGGAAAUACCAGUAAAAGUUGCUGUAAGAGUUAGACCUCUGCUUUGCAAAGAAGUUCUUCAUAAUCAUCAAGUUUGUGUGAGAGUUAUUCCAAACACCCAGCAAAUUAUCAUUGGAAGAGAUAGAGUCUUUACUUUUGAUUUUGUUUUUGGCAAAAGUUCCACUCAAGAUGAAAUUUAUAAUACGUGUAUAAAACCCCUGGUGCUGUCACUCAUUGAGGGGUAUAAUGCAACUGUUUUUGCCUAUGGACAAACCGGAUCUGGGAAGACAUACACCAUUGGAGGAGGCCACGUUGCUUCAAUUGUGGAGGGUCAAAAGGGUAUCAUUCCUCGAGCGAUCCAAGAAAUAUUUCAAAACAUCUCUGAAAAUCCUAGCAGUGACUUUAAUAUAAAAGUAUCCUAUAUAGAAGUAUACAAGGAGGACCUAAGAGAUCUUCUAGAAUUGGAGACCUCCAUGAAGGACCUGCACAUUCGAGAAGAUGAAAAAGGAAACACAGUGAUUGUUGGCGCCAAGGAGUGCCAUGUGGAGGGCGUGGAUGAGGUGAUGAGUCUUCUGCAGAUGGGGAAUGCUGCCCGACACACAAGCACCACCCAGAUGAACGAGCACUCCAGCAGGUCCCACGCAAUUUUCACCAUCAGCGUCUGUCAAAUAGAAAGAAAUCCAGGGGCGGGUGAAGGUGGAUCAUGGUAUUCAUAUCGGCGCAUUGUCUCAAAGUUUCACUUUGUGGAUUUGGCUGGAUCAGAAAGAGUAACCAAAACGGGAAAUACUGGUGAACGGUUCAAAGAAUCCAUUCAAAUCAACAGUGGGUUGUUGGCUUUAGGAAAUGUGAUCAGUGCCCUUGGGGACCCACGCAAGAAGAGCUCACAUGUUCCAUACAGGGAUGCUAAAAUUACCCGGCUCCUGAAAGAUUCCCUGGGAGGCAGCGCCAAGACUGUCAUGAUCACAUGUGUCAGCCCAUCCUCCUCAGAUUUUGAUGAGUCCUUAAAUUCUCUCAAAUAUGCCAACAGAGCACGGAACAUUCGAAACAAACCCACUUGGAACUUUAGCCCUGAGUCAGUCCAUAUGGAUGACAUGGAAUUUGAGAUUAAGUUGCUUCGAGAAGCUUUGCAAAGCCAGCAGGCUAGUAUCAGUCAAACUAGCCAGAUCCCUCAAGAGGGCACACCUGAUAAAAACAGGAUCCAUUCUCUUGAAGAGCAAAUAGCUCAGCUACAAGGGGAAUGUCUAAGCUAUCAAAAUUGUAUAGAGAAGGCCUUUACCUUCCUGGUAGACUUAAAAGAUGCUGUCAGACUAAACCAACGGCAGCAGCACAAACUUGACGAGUGGUUUAACAUGACUCAGGAUGUCAGGAAGGCUGCCCUCUCCUCAUUCCGAGGAAGCCAAAGCUUUGGAAACCAGGAGGAAGGACCCCAGCACAGCACAGUUCUCCAGCUGAAGAGGGAGCUUAAGAAAUAUCAGUGUGCUCUCGCUGCUGAUGAAGUAAUAUUUAAUCAGAAGGAACUAGAAGUGAAGGAACUGAAGAAUCAAGUACAGAUGAUGGUACAAGAAAACGAAGAACAUGUUGUAUCUUUGGAAGAAGCACAAAAAGUGAAUAGAUUACAGAAUGAAAAAAUAAUAGAACAGCAACUUCUUGUGGAUCAGCUGAGUGAAGAACUAACAAAACUUAAUGUGUCAGUGACUUCUUCAGCAAAGGAAAAUUGUGGAGAUGCGCCCAGUGCCAGGGUCUAUGAGGAGAGACCACACACUGUACUGUGUGAUUCUCACUUGGGGCAUUAUAUUUAUAUCCCAUCAAGACAAGAUUCCAGGAAGGUCUACUCAAGUCCUCCUAUAUGCUCUGUGGAUCAAGUAUUUGCUGGAUUUCGAACACGAAGUCAGAUGUUGUUGGGUCACAUAGAAGAACAAGAUGAAGUCCUCCACUGCCAAUUUUCUGAUAAAAGUGAUGAUGAAGAAUCAAGUCAAGAGAAACCCAGAAUUAGAAGUCGCUCAUGGGAUAAAAAACCAGAUUCUGUUUGUUCUCUUUUUGAGUUGAAUGAUACUCAGGAUGAAACACAAAACUCAAAUUUGGAGAAUGAAGAUUUACAGAUUGAAUGUCUCCAGGAGAGUCAAGAGUUGAAUUUACAAAAGUUAAAGAAUUCAGAACUCAUACUUAAUAAAGUUAAACAAAGAAUGAAUGAACUUACAAUUAACAUCAAGAUGAAGGAAGAUCUGAUUAAAGAACUAAUAAAAACAGGUAAUGAUGCCAAGUCUGUGAGCAAACAGUAUUCUCUGAAAGUAACAAGACUGGAGCAUGAGGCAGAACGGGCAAAAGUCGAGGUAACUGAGACAGGAAGGAAGCUGGAGGAGCUGGAGAACAAAGACCUUUCUGAUGGUGCAGUGAAGAUAAAACUGCAGAAAGAAUUCCGCAAAAAGAUGGAUGCUGCAAAGCUGAGAGUCCAGAUCUUACAGAAGAAGCAACAGGAUAGUAAGAAAUUGGCAUCACUGUCGAUCCAAAAGGAGAAACGUGCUAAUGAACUAGAGCAAAAUGUAGAUCAUUUGAAGUAUCAAAAGGUACAGCUGCAAAAGAGACUUCGAGAAGAAAAUGAUAAAAGGAGACAACUGAAUGCAGAAAUUAAGCAGGAUCAGCAAAAAAUCAAAGAACUACAAUUAAAAACAGGACAGGAAGAAGGUCUGAAACUGAAGGCUGAGGACCUUGAUACAUUUACCUUGAAAACACAGAAAAGACCUUUUGGAAGUAAAAACCAACUCCAGAAAUUGGAUGAGCAAAAGAAAUGGUUGGAUGAAGAAGUAGAGAAAGUUCUGAACCAACGCCAAGCAUUAGAGGAGCUGGAAGAAGACUUAAAGAAACGGGAGGCCAUACUUUCUAAGAAGGAGGCCCUGCUACAAGAAAAGAGCCAGCUGGAAAGUAAGAAGUUGAGAUCUAGUCAGGCCUUAAACACAGACAGUUUAAGAAUAUCAACUCGCCUGGACUUCCUGGACCAAGAGUUGUCUGAAAAGAGUAUGCAGCUCCAGAGCAGCACAGCUGAGGAGAAAACGAAAAUUUCAGAACAAGUCCAAGCCCUUCAGAAAGAAAAGGUUCAACUACAGAGACGAAAAAACAGUGUGGACCAGAAACUUAAAAACGGUAGCGUGCUGUCCCCUGAAGAGGAACAUGUUCUUUUCCAACUUGAAGAAGGGAUUGAAGCAUUGGAAGCUGCAAUUGAAUACAAGAAUGAGAAUAUCCAGAGUCGCCAGAACUUGCUUAGAGCAUCAUUCCAAAAUCUCUCUCAUAGUGAAGCAAAUGUCUUGGAAAAACUAAUUUGCCUAAGUCCUGUUGAGAUUAGAGCUAUUCUUUUGAGAUAUUUCAAUAAGGUGGUUAAUUUACGAGAAGCUGAACGGAAACAACAGUUACAGAAUGAAGAAAUUAAAAUGAAAGUUCUGGAACGAGAUAAUAUGAUUUGUGAGUUAGAAUCUGCACUGGAACAUCUGAAAUUACUGUGUGACCGGAGACUGACUCUCCAGCAAAAGGAACAUGAGCAAAAAAUGCAGUUGCUGAUACAUCAUUUCCAAGAGCAAGAUGGAGAAGGCAUUGUAGAAUCUUUAAAAAUAUAUGAAGAUAAAAUCCAGCAGUUGGAAAAAGACCUUUAUUUCUAUAAGAAAACCAGCAGAGAUCUUAAGAAGAAACUUAAAGAAGUGGCACAGGAAGCAGUUCAGUGGCCACCAGCAUUACCAGAACAGGACAAGGCAUUAUUUACCACGGAAAAUACUUAGAACAAAUUUGAAAAUUAAAGAACAAUGAGGUUGAGUAUGAAAUAUUAUUCCAAAAGAACGUUAACUCAAAUAAAGGUUGCUGCAAAUAAUAUCUUCUGUAAUAUAAAUGCUAGGGUUAUUCUUCAG